UAUCACGCAUGCGUUGAUUGUUUCCGUCUGUUCCACAUCCGCACAUCGACAUCGACUGCGCAUGUCUGUCCCAUCCAACAUGGCGGCGCCCGGGGAUUCGCGUGCGGUUUUCACCGACGGAGUGCGAGCGGUGCUGCACACCUGGCCCGUUCUUCAGAUCGCGGUGGACAACGGCUUCGGAGGAGUCUACGGGCAGCAGAAAGCCGACUGGAUGGCGGACGUGGUCCAGCAGUACUUCCACGACAACACCGACCUGGAGCAGUGUGAAGUGGAAGACUACAUCGCCACCCUCAUGGACCAGGAGUUCCACACGGUGGUGGAUGACGGCAGCUUACCGCAGGUGUGCGUUGGUCUGAUGCAGAUGUUCAGCCAGUGGCAGCAGGGGGCGCUGGAGCAGCUCACACACUCCAUCCAAUCCCUGACACAGAACAAGACUCUUAGGGCAAAGGUCACGGCCGCGCCCACACCGUCAGAUUCAGAGAGUGAUGAAGAGACACAGGCGAUGGAGUGUGAGACGACUUCAGUCAACACAACAAAUCAUCAUCCUCCUCCUCCUCAAGACGAAGAUGGAUGGACGCUGGUUCAAAAGAGAAAGUGACACCGAGAGACUUACCUUUGGACUUGAUGGUGAUGUCAUGUUGAUUGGGCACGUGACCUUGUGGUGUUCAGGACGUGCUGGAAACAAAAGUCCAUGUUUUGGCAAAAAAGGACAGCAGGCCAGUUGGAUUUCUGGAAAUCACGCCGGCCGAGUUGCUGGUACACAAACAUGGCGAGUUUCAUGUCGAAGUCUGUCGGAAUUAUGCAAUUUCAAAAUAAAAAUUCCAAUUAUUUAGUUGAAACAAAGACUCAGCCACAAGCAGAACGUUUAAAUUACUUUUUGAGCGGUAAACCAGGUGUGUCCAAAUGCCCGGGGGUCAUUUUUAACUUUUCUAAAAAAAUAAACAUCAAAAGUGGAAUAAAAGCGCAAAGAGGUAUGAAAAGUUGCAUUGUUGACUCUGAUAACACAAAGCUGUUUUAUUCUUUAAAACUGUCAUUGCUCAAAACAUAAUGAAUCAAACUCAGCGUUGUCAUGAAUUAUUGACCUAUUAAAUUUCUUCACAUCAAAUAUUCCACUUUGAAAUCUUUUUGGGGGGAAAUGUUGCAUAUUUUGUGUGUUUGUCAUACAAUGUCUUUGGCAAAAAAGGCAUACAACAAAUUUAAAAAUGGUACAAUCCACAAAUAGAUCUGAAGUUGAUCUAGAGCAGGGGCGUCCAAACAGUUUCCAUUCAGUAAAAUGGAAAGAUGCGGGGGCUACUUUGACACGUUUUGUGCGUUGAUGCUAAAACAAUGCAUGUCAAUAUAUGCUAAGCUAGCUGAACUAAACAUCCAUGUUAGCUUUGUGUUGUCGGUGACAAUACAAUUAGUCUAAUCUAAUUACUAGGGCAGGCAAAAAUAAGUUAAUUCAUGUGAUUAAUCACAAAAAUAGUGCAUUAACUACAUCUACACAGAUUAAUCAGGUUAUUUUGCUCCUUUACAUUGUAUAAAUUCUAACAAAAUUGCAUUUGUGAGCAAGUAU